AUGUAUCACAAGGCCAAGUGCCGAGCUCGCUUGGUGACUCGUUACUCCCCCUAUGGGGAUAUCAUUCAUGUCACCUGCAACGUGCACACGCAUCUCAACAUGUACAUGUCGCAGAGUCAGAAUGCGAAAUUGGAUACUCAGAAGUUGCGGCUGGAAAGGAAUCCCGGAUGUGUGGCGAAACGGCCGAUCAAAAAGAAGAGGAAGCCGCUUGCUGAAUAAAAAUACUUAAAAGAAGCCUUCAGCCUUUCCUAUAAUAAUUAUUUCAUCGCUAAAGACGCCCUGAUCUUUGAAAAACAACUGAAAGUCGAGUCGUUCCAUAAUGGCCGCGGAAAACUUCUCCACAUCAAUC